UGAACGUUUGUAAACAAACCCGGCGUCUAUGUAGCUGGUUGAAAAUGGUUCUCAGUAGAAGCCGAAGUCGUUCAGCAUCCUCAACUGGAUCAGAAAAAGAGAGGAAAUCUCGUGACAAGGAAAAGAAGCCUCGUAAAAAGUCAUCCAGCAGUGACAGCAGCUCAAGUAGAAGUUCAUCCAGAAGUUCUUCGGGAUCUUCGGGUAGUUCGGACAGCUCGUCAAGCAGCAGCUCGUCCUCUCGUUCCUCGUCAUCAUCGUCAUCUUCUUCAUCGUCAAGAUCAAGAUCUAGAGAUAAGGAAAACAAGCCAAAGGAAAAGGAGAAGGACAAAGACAAGAAGGAUGAUUCAAGAUCUACAUUUAAGGCUGGACCGGAUAAGAGCCGAAGCCAAAGUCACGAGAAAAAAACAAAGCCUAAAAAGCCCUCAAAGUCUCGUUCCAGGUCUGGAUCCCCUCGUCCACGGAGAAAGCCUCGCUCUCCCACACCAAGACCCACAAGAAUCCACGUUGGUCGUCUGACUCGUAACAUUAAUAGGGACCAUCUUCAUGAAAUUUUUGCUGUGUAUGGAUCAGUCAAAAGUGUUGAUCUCCCAAUGUAUGACAUGCGUAACAAUUCUUCACUGAACCGUGGUUAUGGAUAUAUUGACUUUGAGAAACCAGAGGAUGCAGAGAAUGCCAUGAAGCACAUGGAUGGUGGUCAGAUAGAUGGUCAAGAGAUCACAGCUGCUCCAGUGUUAAUACCACGCCAGUUGCCUCCACGGCGACGCUCUCCACUCCCCAUGCCCCCUCGGCGAGGUCCUCCACCUCGUUGGGGGCGCUCACCACCGCGGUACAAUAUGAUGCGCCGCCGAUCACCACCACCUAUGAGACGCCGUUCACCACCCCGACGAAGAUCACCUCGUUCACGCUCAAGAACUCCUCCCAGACGCAGGAGAUAUUCACGCUCUUCCUCCUCCUCAUCACGUUGAAUCUUUACGUUAACUGCAACAAAGAUUUUCGUUAGCACGUAAAGAUGUCAUUACUUUCACGGAUAUACUUUUUCAUAUUUUACUCAGGACUUUUCUGUUUUCCUGGGGAAUAAUUAUUUUUUACAUGCCCAUAAGAUGACUGUUUUUUGUGUUUUUCUUCACAUACUUAAAUAUUUAAUUUAGGAUUAUCCCCACAUGCAAUCUUUUCAUUUAAUUUUGAAACAGAUGGCUAGUAACUAUUUUUUCUGAAGACUGGAAGUAGAUGACUUAGACAAUAGUUUGACAGCUGGCUGCCUGAAAAUGAGAAGGUUGAUAUGUGUGUGGCUCAGUUUCAUGAACAUAUUUGUUCUAGGGAGAAGUCCUGUUUAUGAGGAGGCAAAUGAGACAUUACAAAUAAAUUUAAAUAUGUAAGGAGUUAGUGUUCCUUGAUUGUGAUUUAUUUAUAAUUUUGAGAGUAAAUUAUUGUUUUGGCAUUGUUUUAAGUUUUUCUUGUAUCAGUAAGGUAUUUUAAUGAAUAUUUCUUAAGUGCUGUACUUGACUGUACUGUACUUUGUUAAUGUAUGUAGGUACCUGUUUCAUCCUUCAUAGGAAUGGAUGUGAAAUAUCUUUUGAUUCUAUUUUAAAUCAUUAUUUGUGUGUUUAGGACUAGUAAAUUCAUUAUAAAUAAAAUUAAAACUGAAAUGUAUCUGCCAUUACAUUUUGUAAAUAGUAACAUUCUUAAAAUUUUGACAUGUAAAAUAAAAUAAAGAUUUCAUUUCUA